AUGUUUUCCAUAUUACUUGCACAACUUUCUCUUUCAGUUUCAGGCAAAGUUGUUGGGGAUAAUUCGUACAUGAUUUAUGAUAAGGACGGAAGGGAGAAUUAUGAAAUAAUUAAAGAACCUUAUACAAAAGUCAGAAUAGAUGGUGUUACAAAAAACAUUAAAGAAGCCACUGAUUUAGGCUACUCCGUUGAAAUUUAUAAUGAUGAAAAUUCAGAUUAUGUUAUUAUUUCACAGACAAUUACCAACAAAGGCUCAACGGAAAAGAAAAUUGACCUUUGCACAGCAUUGAAUUUAAAAGAUUCUAUAGAUAAUGUUGAAGCAUCAUCCCUUACAAACUUUGGUUAUUAUCUUUGGUGGGAUCAAACAAAUGAUCUGACACUAGUUCUGCAAAAUCAUCCUUGGGUUACAGAUAUCAGUGCCCAAGACUUUGGAAUAGAACCUGAGCCAAGAUUCUUCACGAACAAUGAGAAAAUUUUAGAAUACGACUCUGGAUUUCCUGAAAUUCAAUGGAUCUCAUUCUCAUGGCUCAACAAGUAUAUCCAACCAGGAAAGUCUAUCACACUUUCUUACAUGUUUAUGAAGAGACAUAUCAACCGCCAUUACUUAAACUUGAUAAAUCUCUGA